GCCACAACGCGAUGGCUCUCUACGGAGUGGUUGAAUCGUCUAUUCGGCGAGGUGAUCGGUCUGGCCUAUGUGGCGUGUGUGUUCAGUCAUCUGGCCAUGGCACUCAAUCGCUUCACCGCCAUCGUCACACCCGCCCGAAAUCGCACCCUAUUCACACCCAAAAACACCAACCUAAUGCUGUUCGCCAUAUGGUCGCUGGCCACUCUCGAGACCACUCUUUAUGCGAUACAAACUGAAUCCCGGGUUCGGGGUGAGAUUCGAGAGGAGGGGUCGGGAAUCGAGAGUCGAGAUCCAAAAAUCCCGGGAUCCCGUCGUAACACUAGUCUGGAUUUAUUGAGCUAUAGGGCGCUAAAAAAGGUCACCGUCAAUUCAUCUGAACAGCAAAAGAGAACACGUCGCGAGGCUCGCCUCUUUCUACAGGUCGUCACCCCCAAACCCCAAAACAAUUUUUUAAUUUUUAAAAAAUUAUUUUUUAUAAAUUUUUCAAAAUUCCAGGCUUUGCUUCAAGAUUCGGCCUUUAUGAUUGGCUUAGUAACAUUUAUGCUCGUUUCAACAUUCAUGACAACUAAAUGGAGCAUAUAUUUAACGACGUCAUUCAUUUGGGAAAUGGUACAUAUCUGUGAUGGGCUGAUAACGAUCGCCUGUAAUCCAGAGCUGCGUGCUGUAGUGACGCGACGCCAGCAAGCACAAAAAACGCAAGGCAAUAGUGCGCCUAAAGAUGUUAAAACUGGUCUCGUGACGCGGCACAAAAUAUCCAUGAAGACGGUCACGACCACUGCUGUCGUUGCUCGUAAGCAAUGUAAUUGGUGA